UAACCACGCCCUCCCAGCCCUGCCUACUGCAGGUUCCAAUUGAUUUGAGCAAGGAAACCGGCGAGCGUUCGGGCCCAGACGUCCGGCGCUGCCUGAUCGACGCCUGCGCAACGCUCGCUGUCGCGAGCUGUCCGAGGCCGAUAGAGCUCCCAGGCUCCCAAGGGAUGUCAAUGCUGUGGGUCCAGUAGCUGCCUACAGACAUUUGUGCCAUAUGAAGUUGAACAUGGCAGAAGAAGAGGACUACAUGUCUGAUUCCUUCAUUAAUGUCCAAGAAGAUAUCAGACCAGGAUUGCCAAUGCUGAGGCACAUCCGAGAAGCCCGUCGAAAAGAAGAAAAGCAACAGGAAACUAAUUUGAAAAAUAGGCAGAAGAGUUUGAAAGAUGAAGAACAAGAAAGACGUGACAUUGGGUUGAAGAAUGCAUUAGGCUGUGAAAAUAAAGGUUUUGCUUUGCUCCAAAAGAUGGGAUAUAAAAGUGGUCAGGCCCUUGGCAAGAGUGGAGAUGGUAUUGUUGAACCAAUUCCUCUCCAUGUUAAAACAGGAAAAAGUGGCAUUGGUCACGAGGCAUUAUUAAAACGGAGAGCAGAGGAGAAACUAGAAAGCUACAGGAGAAAGAUUCGCAUGAAAAACCAAGCUGAGGAAAAAGCUGCAGAACAGUUUCGAAUGCGACUUAAAAGUAAGCAAGAUGAAAUGAAGCUAGAAGGAGAUCUUAAAAAAAGCCAGAGAGUGUGUCAACAACUAGAUACUCAGAAGAAUAUUCAGGUUCCCAGGGAGGCAUGGUACUGGUUAAGACUUGAAGAGGAGACUGAAAAAGAGGAAGAAGAAGAAAAAGAACAAGAGGAAGAUGAAUAUAAGAGUGAAGAUUUAAGUGUCCUGGAAAAAUUACAAAUAUUGACUGGUUAUUUAAGACAAGAAUAUCUCUAUUGUAUUUGGUGUGGAACAGCCUAUGAAGAUAAAGAAGACCUAUCUUCAAAUUGCCCAGGACCAACUUCUGCAGAUCAUGACUAAGCUUUUUCUCAAUAAAGUAGAAACUUGGGAAGUGUUGUUAUUUCCUAAAGACAAUUGAGCAGUUAGAAUUUCCAAAUUUUUGUUGCUAGUAAAGAAAUCAAGCCUUUAAUGUUUUGUUCUCUCUGUACUUUAGAAACACUUUGUAUUUAUAAUUGUUCACUGAUUUCAUAAAAAUAAUGGCAUGCUAUUUCAGAACACAACUAUUAUAGCCAUGGGCAAUUAAAAUGUAUGACUAUUGUGAUGUUUAUGGGGUUUAAGGACACUAAUAAGUAAGCCUCCUAUUCUCACUUUGGAACAAACUGAGAAAUAGAUAUGGGAGUCAGAGAGAAGUCAGAAUUUCAGCUUUAAUAGUGAAGAAACUUAAAUAAAGAAUAAGGAAGACUUGUUCUUCCAUCAGGCUCCCUAAUAUAUCUCACGAACUGGAGAGAACUGAGGACCUCUGCCCCUCAAGGAGAGAGCCCAUCUUUGCGUGCUGAGACCAGUUAGUUCCCAAGGUGAGAAAACUCACACAUGCUCUUAUUCUCCCAAAGUCACUCAUCAGGUAAGACACACCUUUGUUGAGAGGUGAUGAAUGAGGUUAUUCCCAUACCUCUCCCUACCAAGGAGCAAGAAGUUCUCUUCCCUCUAUGUAUGGAUUCAGAGGAGGAGAAAAGUAGUCCCUCAGUAAGACUGAUGUUAGAGCCACUGUAUUAGCCUCUAACUUAAUAGGAUCUAAUUCACUUGUCUCAAGUUUAACUUGGGGAGCUUUAAAGAAUAAUAAUACAAGGGUUCCACCUCCAGAGAUUCUGAUGUAAUUGGUCACCAUGGCCUGAGCAUCACUACUCUUGAUUCAAUGACACAGCAGAGCUUGAGAAUCACUAACUCAACUUCUAUGCCUCCACAACAUCAGUCAUUAUGUUUAUGAAUAUAAAUACAUUUAUACAAUAUUAUAGUUCAUGUAGUUGGAUAAUACUAUUUAAUAUUUACUUUUUUUAUUUAAAAUAAUACAAUUAUAUUAAUAGUUAAAGGAGUACACCUUUCCCUUGGCAUUAUUGUCAAAUCCUUCCCUGUCAUUUCAGCCAACUUAAUGACAUUCAGUCAGUCCCAAAGCCCCUUGGAGUGUUUCAGAUGAAAUGAGAUAGGAACUGGCUCUUCCCUCCUCUCACUAUGGGGACAACCUACCAUCUGCCCAGUAGCCUAUGAUGCUUUGAAUAUAUUCAUGAGUAAUGCUGAGAAUGUGGGAAUAAACCUGAUGGAACCUGUGA